AUGGCCAAUCCUACCAGCAACACUACCAACACAGCCAUGGCCCAGUCCGCCAUUCGUGACGCGAUGAGCCUUGCGAAUCUUCUUACUGAAUCUGCGCCGCCCAAGCCCUCCAGUCCUGAGCUCGCCGCCGAUGUGCCAGCUAUUGCACCGCCGUCUACGCCAGAGCGCAGCUUUCCUACCAGUCAGCUCGAUCCCAUCAGCCCUGCCGACACGGUAAUGUCCGAGCCCUCCGCCGAGACUGAUGAUGGCGAACAAGUCAUCACAGACGCGAUCGACGAUGACUCUGUCGAACGCGAGUUCGUGUGCAUGAAUGAUGAAUACAGCAAAUGUCGCACUGGACAGUACACCCUGGCUCUCUCCCGCAAGGUCAUUUCAGACCACUUUGGUCGCAACAAGGCCUGCACGAGGGACCUCACCGACUGGCCUCUCUUCUGUCGAAAGCAUUACCAGCGUGCUACCUACAACAAAGAGCUCUGGCAAAUUCGCAAGGUGAAGCUGAUCCUCCGCCAGUUCGAUGUCAUCGAAGCCGAGUUUCCAGGUACUACCUACGACAUCACCUUGAAGAAGUCGGAGGAGGAUCGCCUGAACGAGUACUCGCGCAAGGUCGCCGGCGGCAUGAGUUCAGAGGCUGCAGCCGCUGCCGUGGCACCCGUCACUGGUAAGGCUUUCGAGGCCCCCAUUGACGUCCUUCGCGAACUUGACCAGUACAUCGGCAAGAACAAGGCAGAGCAGAAUGCAAAAGAUGCCAUGGACGUGAUCCUUCAGAUGCUUCAGGGGCAUGAGACCGAUCAAGUGCCGUCCAUCGAGUUCCUCCCCAAGCUUCCAGGCAAGGUAUCAACCCCACGGAAGUUGCCCGCAAAGACUCGUGUUGCGAAGUCGCCUUCCAAGUCUCCGUCCAAGGCUAGCCCUCGCACAUCCACUCGUGGCAGCGUCAAGAAGACCAACCAGAAGGCUUAG